AUGCGACUUGCUCUCAAUCCCACGGAAGAGCAUUAUCUCAAGAGAGAGCUUUUGAAACAAGAGCUAACACGAGAAAUUCAAUGUUUGAAUGACCCAGAGGCACUCCGCAAGUUUGGGUUUCCCUUCACGAGCGGAGAUCCUAAUGUGUCUAGAAAGAAAAGUCGCCGGUCCAAGUCCUCUCCGAACUCUAGUCCCUCUGAAACUUCUUCAGAGACAAGCCUUUCGAGUACAGAAUACCCUCUGUUGAGCCAUUUCUUACAGCACUUUGUGAUGAAAUUGCCGUUGUUUUCCAAGGAAAUGAUCGAAAAGGAGGAGUUUUGGCAGCAGAAAGUACAAGUCUUUUUUGAACACUUCAUGCAGCUGAACUUCAGCUCCAGUUUCGACCGCGAGGAGCUCACAAAACGGCGGAAACUCGGAAUCAAACUUUCAAAAAUAGUCCUUUUGAUGUACAAUUCAGGAAUUGGUAGUGCACAAGAACCACAAUACUUCCAGCAAGACGAAUUUAAGCUCAGCGACGGGGAAGAAACGAACUUUCGCCACCAUAGCAAUCUUGACCAAUUUGUCAUGCCCAGCAAGGAGACCCUAAAAUUUCUUCUCACACAAGAGCCCUAUUUUAUCAACGGUUGGGACUUCAAUGUCAUAUCAGUGGCUCCGUAUUCCACGCUUUAUCCAGAAGUCCAGACAAAGACCAAACCGACCACGACUUCGUCGAGCUGGAUGAAGUCCGCGCUCGCUUUUGCGCCCACGGCUUUCUCGUCGCCUACAAAGCUAUUAGCCAAGAUGUCACUUUCAGGCGACUCCAAUGAAAAGCGCUACCAUUUCGUUAUUAGAGGAAGACAGGAGAGCACGAAUGAGUCUUGGUACGUUAUCAAAAAUUACGCAGAUUUCAAGCGGCUAGUGGCCGAUCUGAACAAAGAGUUUCCUGGUAAAGAGCUUCCUAAAUUACCCAAUCGUAGCAAAGUCGGUAUUUCCACCACCAGCACAGCUAAAUCCCUUAAUACAACGGAUGACGGCAGCAACCCUGUAACUCCGAGAGAAAAAAUCAUUGCCAGUUUUGAUAGUAGUUCACCUGCUCCUGAAGCUGUUGCUUCUGAACCUGAAAAGACUGAUGAACAUGACGACUUUGAAGAGUUUGAAGACGCAACCGAAACCAUUACCAAGCACCUCCCAAGGGAAAAAAUGAGAACUUCGCUACGGAAAUUUUUACGAUCCAUUGCCGAAGACAAGGAAACCGCCAAAAGCGUCUCUCUUUUGAAAUUCAUCAACACAGGUAGGUGGGGGAAAGAGCAGCUUCCGUUAAUUGUUGCUCAAGAUAUUCAAAACAGAGAAGCUGUGGAUCUUGCCAACUUACAGAAUGAGGUCGCUUUUCAGAAGCUGGCUUUUGAACAGACCUUAGAGCUGCAAACUGCUAUGAAAGAGUUCAAAACACUGAUUUUGAAGGACGAUCAGUACCUUAUCAAAUUGUUCAGGGAAAUCAAGGAAAAAGAGUCGGUUGCAGAGCUGUCACCAACGCUAAGAAGUUUUAUGGGAUGGUGCAGAAUAAAUUUGUCUGCCACCAUCUAUACUACUUUUCUCGGCAGUGAUGGGGGCUACGAAAUCUUCACACAGGUCAAAAGGUUGCAUAAGCUAUUACCUUAUACCGUUAUGGUUCAAAUAUUGAAAAUAGCCAACCCGAUGGCUAUGAUGAAAGGGAUGAUGGACUUGUUCAUGGCUCGGCCAUUUGGAGGCAACUCUCUACUUCAGACCAUGUUCUCAUCCGUUCUUACUGACGACUUGAAGUCGCAACUAAAAUUGGCAAAGGAACUUGAGGAAUUAAUCGGCAGUGAAAGCAAAUUUGGAAUCGAAAUUACUCAGGUGCUCUCUAAGUCAAUUUUUGAGAACGAAGCUAGUACCUUCAUCAAUCUGGAAGAAGUUCACGAUGAAGCCUUGAACAUGUCUAUGCCUCUGGUUCUUGUUCUCAUCAUGAAGUGCGGCGAGAAGGGUUAUUUAUCUCAAGACGCUCUCGCUGAAGUUCUGGAAUCGUACGCCCUGUGGAAAAAUCGAAACGACACUGAAGAACGUGAGUUGACCCGAGUAGACUCGUCAAUUUCCAUUGCUGACGUUCCUGGACUAUAUUUCUCUCAUUUGAAGGGUUUAUUUCAAAUAUACAUCCGGGAGCGCGAUAAAAAGCUAAUGAAGCAGGUGUGGCAAGAUCCAGAGUUAUCCCGACUUCUUAAAUCUAUGGUUGCACUUUUUUAUGAACCAUUAGUUCGAAUCUUUCGCGUCGCGAGAGUGGACGUAGCAUUUCGCAAUUUUGAGAGGUUUAUGGACGAUUUGGUGUCCCUUCUGGAUAAUGUCAUCAAUGGGCAGGGAACAAUGACGACUAGUUCCAAUAUUGUGGACGACAUAAACAAAUUGGUUGAGAAACACGAGGAUUCCUUAUUUCAGUUCAUUCACGAUAUUUGCGUUCAUGACGAAGAAAAUACAUUCGAGAAUAUGAUAACGUACCUAACCACCAUUGUCAGCUUUUUGCAGAAAAGUAAGUUUGGUGACGAGAAAGAACGACUUGAUCUGGUUCAACUCGUCGAAACAAGUGCUGAAAAUGGUGUAGAUAGCGUAAAGCUUAAAGAGCAACUAGAGGAAUUGGUCGAAAGCAAGAAAGUCUCACGCAGACUAUAUCAAAAGAUUGUUGCCAGUCGAGUUUCCAAAAAAACCAAGAAGGCACUGAAUCUCAGGGAAAUUAUGGACCAGAAAUGGCAAGAGUCAAAUGAUGCCGCCAUGCCUAAUGCUAUAAGCGAAGUCGGGCUUCAAGAUGGCGAUUUGGUUGAUCUGGAUCUGGAUGUUGGUGAUUUCACGUUUUUGCAAGAUGAUGAAGAGGAUGCAUUGCAGCGGGAGUAUCAGGAUGUUCUCGAAAAGGCAAUUGAUGUUAGCGAGAUUUCCAAAAUGACUGAGGUUGCUUUCAAAAACAAAUUAGUAGAUUUGUUGAGUCUAUAG